AUGCGCUACACGACGUUAUUCGCGAUCAGUCUCGGCUUGUACGCGACAUGGCAUCGAUCAGGGGGUGCCUGCCUGCCCUUCCGUGAGCUUUGCACUUUGCUCGUCCAAUUCUCGGUCUCUGCCGUACUAGGUUGGCGCACGGUCGGCAUAUGGCAAAAGGAUCCGCGGAUCAUCGUCAUCGUCUUUCUCCUCCUGACCACGCUGAUGGUGUUCUCGUCGUUGCUCGUCCUCAGUCUAGAACCGAAGAAGCUCCCAAAUGGCGCUUGUGUUCUGAUCGACGGUGGCACGUACGCCUUUUUCCCGCUCGCCUGGUUCUAUGCGGGCACAGUGCUGUACGACACGAUCGUCAUCGUGUUGAGUGCCUAUCGGCUCUGUCAGCAUCAUCGCCGCGUUGCGAUGCAGAUGAGAGGCGAUGCAGGAAGCUCGAGCGAAGGAGGCGCUCGUUGGACCAAGUGGGUGCGCCUGCGGUGGAACAACCUGACGCCGCUGCUAUUUCGACUGACAGCCAACGGUCUCCUCUACCUAGGCUUCUCGACGGCAUUCAACAUUGCGUGCUACAUCGCUGGAUAUCAGAAGCCCGACCACGCGCAAGACUUGAUGAUCUUGUACUCUGCGGUCAUGUGGAUCGUUUGCCAGCAUUUGAUGCUGUUGGAGAUCAAAGCGGUGUGGAGGGACAGGCUUGUGCGGGGCAAGAUGAAGGAUGCAGAGGCCGACGAGACGGACAAGCUAAUUGCGAGGAUUUUGCAAGCAUCCUGGUCGUUCAAAUCGCCCCCUCCAAUGGCAAGCGAAGCAUUGACGCGUAAUGUUGAGGUGGUCGAAGUGCAGAGUCAAGAACUGGUGCUCAGCCUGUCGAUCGACAGCUGCCUUCGAGCUGCGCCGGGUUCUGCUGGCGGAGCGGCGUCCGCAUCACAAUCAAACAAAGCGACCAGCACAUCGUCACCGCCCACGGGCAGAUAUUGGAAUGAUUCAGAAAUCGAUCCAUCAAGCGUCCAUCAGCUUCAUGACUUUCGACCACCGUCGCCAAGAGCAACAUUGGAUCCUCUCGCCGGAAGUUCAACUCUGGGUCUGAUCAAGCAUCCCUUGAUGGAUACAGCAAGGCACAAUGAUCCUCCGAAUCUCGCAGCACCGACAAUGAAGCGAGAACACCUCGAAGUCAAGGAUGUCCGAGACAGUGAUUCGACCAAUGCGGUUUCGGCCCUGGAAGUGGCGGAUAUGCUGGCCAACAUGUCAGACGACGCCAAGACCACUGCGUUAGAAUUGGCAGGCAUGGAUAGCGUUCACCCUGUCGCAAUCGCCAGCCUCGACGCCUCUCGUCGUCACCUUUCAUCCCGCAGCGCCGAUCGAAGAAGAGCCGCGUGGAUCAUCGGUCCGCCGCUGUAG